GAAAUAAACAAUAAUAAUGAGUAGAUCGUAGGCGAUGUAUUACUCAGGGUAUAUUGAAUUAGGAUUACUUACACAGCGUGAUGUAUAGGACAUUUUUUUGGGAGGCAUUACAUAACUGAACGUCGGAGUCGAGUGGUGUAAACGUGCUUGGGCAGUAACUAUGCCUGCAGAACGGAAUGUACUGGCAAUUCUCUUCAGAAACUUUCUCAAGUCCAUCACUCCGAACCGCCCAUCCGGAAAUCUGGUGGGCUCUGACCAUUUUGGCAACAAGUACUACGAGGCGCCGGCGGACCCAUCGCGCGGGAAGCGCCACCCGCGGCGGUGGAUCGACCCGGCCGGCCAGCAGUUCGACCAGGAGAUGCCGGCAGAAUGGGAGGCCUGGCUGCGCCGGCGGCGCGCCCAGCCGCCCACCGACGACGAGGUCGCCCGCAACAGGGCCAUCAUGGAGCUGAAAAAGAUCAACGCCGCCAAACUGGCCGAACAGCGCGGGGAAGUGAUCGAACCAGCGAAACCCGAGCGGCCGUCGGCGUUCCCCGUCUGGGAGGAAUACGAGGUCGAGCCGGGCCAGAAGAACUCCAAGUAUAAAAUAAAAUAGGAUUGUCAGUUCUGAUUGUUUGUUAUGCGGUGCUAUCUAUUGUACUUGCCGAGUGGUUGCUACGAAGUGUCUGUGAUCUGUACUGAAUGAUAAAAUGAUAUAGCCCCUCGUCUUUA